UAGUAUUGGAUACUCUAGCCCCUCUGAGUUUGCAGAGUCAACUUUGAGUCUAAGUGGCUUCAGAGCUCUUCAGUCCUAACCUUAUUUAUGUCUUUGAAUUACUGGCAGGAUUUUCCAGAUCCUCUGGAUAAGCUGGCCCUUCUAGCCUGGAAGGGAAACAUUCGUCACACUGAGAAAAGGAGACGGAUCUCCUCAUCUGAAAGCUGAGCCCUUCUGGAACCAAGAGUCAGUCUGCUAAGUUGCUCCUCAGGAUUCACAUAGUCUGCCUGUCCGCCCUCCAACAAACCAAGCCUUCUACAGACCAAGCCUCCACAAACGGGAUCUCAGAAACCCUCCCCUACUACCAUAGUGAAUCCAAGAAACCUUGUAUUCAGACCUCCGUUUUCCCACAGUCCUUCAACUCACCACUCUGAUCUCCUCCUAGAGUUUCCGGUUCACCAGACCGCUGGAACCUCCCCAAGCUGAAGACUGUUUUUCCUAUCUGUGUACAGAACUUUACAAUAAAUUGUUAAAUCUUUUUCGGUCUCUGUGAAGUGCUUCUGCAUGCGUUGUGCCAGCUGUGCAGCAUGCCCUGCCUUUGCCCUAAUUCUGCCCCCCGGUGUCCUGCGGGAAUCCCUCUGGUGCUGGAUGGCUGCCGAUGCUGCCAGGUGUGUGCUCGCCAGCGAGGCGAGCCAUGCACAGAGAUGUUACCCUGCGACACACAGAAAGGACUGCAGUGUGACUUCAGCGCCAGCUUCCCUGGAGACCCUGGACAGUGUGUCGGUAGGGAGGAGCUGAGCUGUGAGGUGAACGGCAUCACUUACCUACACGGCCAGUCCUUCCAGCCUUCCUGUGACUCCUACUGCCGCUGCACAGGUGGGGGGGUGAGCUGUGUGCCGACCUGUCCGCUAACCGCUCGUCGUCCCACUCCAGAUUGUCCCAGUCCACAGUUUGUCCGUCUGCCGGGGAGAUGCUGCAGGGAAUGGAUGUGUGAAAACCUGGAAAACACAGUGAUUCAGGACGCCAUAACAGCCAUGCGACCAGGCAGAUCAUGGCCAGUAUUGCCAAGAACAAAUGUUCUCCCAAAGCUGGCCUUGCCAGCCUCCACCUGCGUAGAGCAGACCACCCAAUGGAGCGCCUGCUCCCAGAGCUGCGGGACCGGCGUCUCCACAAGGGUCUCUAACCAGAAUCCCUCCUGCAAGCUGCAAAUGGAGACACGACUGUGUAAAGUGCGACCUUGCCAGGCUGCUGAGUCUGCGAAAGGGAAACCCUCGAGAGGACAGCAGGGUCGGUGCAAGGCCACCUACAGGUCACCGGUCCCCCUCCGCCUCGUCCAUCGGGGCUGCUACAGCCUGCAGGCCUACAGGCUCAGGUACUGCGGACAGUGCACCGACUCUCGCUGCUGCACACCGCACCAAACCUCCACGGCUCGGGUGACCUUCCGCUGCCCUACAGGCAGACUGCUGCAGAGAGCUGUGAUGAUGAUCCACUCAUGUGCGUGUCACAGCAACUGCCCCUACUCGCCCUACACCAACCCCGCUCUCUGGCCUCACAGGCCCUGAUUCUGACGACCGAUCGGAUGGAAAAGAGU